AUAUUCAAUUUUCAUCAAACCCGUCCCAAAACCUCCCUAAUCUCAACAUCAUAACCCAAAAAUAUUACUAAUAUAAUUCAUAUAUGCAUCCUCAAAAUCAAACCGACCCCAAAGUAUUUAUUUUUCCUUAAUUAAUUUCCCAAAGUAAAGAUUUUCUGAAAAAAAAAAAUUUUAAAAAUCGGGUGUAUAAAAAGAGCUUAUUAUUAUUAUUAUUAUUAUUAUUAUUAUUUUAUUAGUGGAGAUGAUUAACCCAACGUUCUGUAAUCAAACUAUCUAGGGUUUGGGUAUAUAAAGGCGCCGCCAACAUCCCUCUUCUAUUAGAUCAGAACUCCCAAUAUUUUCUCGUUGAAGCUACUUUUUUCUUCUAAAUGGAGGAACAAAAUGGUACUUUAAAUGGUGUUAAAUUUGAGCUGGAGGAAGAAGAAACUAAUGACGACCGAACUACUACUCCCGACCAUCAAAACGACGCCGGCGCCGGUAACCGCGCUUCUCAACCACUCACCGGAGAUGGUGCUAGUCCUGGAAAGAUAUUUAUUGGGGGUUUGGCUAGAGAGACGACUUCGGCUCAAUUUGUCAAGCACUUUGGUAAAUAUGGUGAAAUUAUCGACUCCGUGAUUAUGAAGGAAAGGCGAACAGGACUGCCACGCGGGUUUGGUUUUGUGACUUAUGCUGACCCCUCUGUGGUGGAUAAAGUCAUUGAGGAUGACCAUGUUAUAAAUGGAAAGCAAGUGGAAAUCAAGCGAACUAUACCUAGAGGAGUAGGAGGUUCCAGCUCAAAAGAUUUCAAGACGAAGAAGAUCUUUGUGGGCGGCAUUCCAACAACAAUUACUGAAGAUGAAUUCAGAGACUUUUUCUUAAAGUUUGGAGAGGUGAAAGAGCACCAGAUCAUGCGUGACCAUUCUAGUAAUCGUUCUCGUGGCUUUGGAUUCAUUACUUUUGACACAGAAAAAUCUGUUGAUGAUAUCUUGGCUAAUGGAAACAGGCUUGAUUUUGUUGGAACCCAGGUGGAAAUCAAGAAGGCUGAGCCUAAGAGACCUAAUGCGCCACAAUCAGCCCCAUUCAGGCGCCAAGGUCCUCCGAGAGCUGGAUUUGGUGGUGGAUUUUCAGACUCUUAUGGUGGAUAUGGAGACUCUGGUUUUGGUGCUGGUCCUUAUAGGUCUGGUGGCCCCUAUGGUGGUAGAUCCGGUGCAUUUGGUGGAUAUAGUGGAGCCGGAAUGGGCGGAUAUGGAGCGUAUGGUGGCAGUGGUGCCUAUGGAGGAGGCGGCGGCUUCAGGGAGGAGGCUUCUUUUGGGUAUUCUAGCCGUUAUGGUGGUGGAGCCUUUGGUAGAGGAUAUGAUGGUGGCUACGGAGGGCCAGGUGAAGGUUAUGGAGGAUAUGGUGCUGGUAGUGGUGGAUAUGGUGCCGGUAGUGGUGCAUAUGGCAGUGGAUAUGGUUCUGGUCUUGGCGGUGGAUAUGGAGGAGAUGGUACCGGAGGUUCAAUGUACGGAGGUAGUAGGGGAAGUUACGGUGGUGCUGGUGCUGGUUCUGGUAGAUAUCACCCUUAUGGGAGAUAGGAAGUGAGAUGAUGUUGAAGGAGCAAAACUGAGAAUUGUCUUUGGCUUUGGUGAUUUUAAACUUUAACGACCAAAGAUGUACACACAAUCAGCUAGCAUGUCUGUUGAGAUCUAAAUCUUGUUCUUUUUUCUUCUCGAAUUUUCAAUUAGAAAUUAUUCUAGUUCUGUUAAGUGUACUUGCUCAAUUCAUAUACUGGUUUCUUUGA